AUGCUAGUCUGCGGAACUGUUAUUCAUUCAAAACUAGCGGUACACUACGGAUACGGAAAACACUCCAAGGACCUCACGCAAAACAACCGAGUAACCGCACUUAAGUGGUUCUUUGGCGCCCAGCUCGUAUACAAGAUUGUCAUUGCGGUCAACAAACUCUCCUUCCUAUGCCUAUACCUUCGAAUAUUUCCCCAGCGCGUCUUCCGGCAAGUUUGCUUUUAUGGGUUGGGGGUGAUCACUGUUUGGGGCACGGCAUACGUCUUCCUAACCAUCUUCCAAUGCAAGCCCAUCGCUUCGUUCUGGGAUAUCACUAUAAAAAGCCCGCAAUGUCUGGAUAAAGAGGGGAUGUGGAUGUCUUAUUCGGUCAUCAAUCUCAUAUUUGACCUGGUAAUUCUCGCCCUGCCUUUAUACCCCUUGAGCCAACUACGGCUGCAACGGUCGAAGAAGAUUGGUCUCCUCGUGGUCUUCGGAAUGGGAGCAUUUGUUUGUGUCACAACAAUCAUCCGAAUCACCACCCUUGUUCAAUCUGCCAAUGACACGGAUCCGACCAGCGGUCCUAUUCCAGCCACCAUCUGGAGCGUGGUUGAAGCAAACACUGGUAUUAUUUGCACCUGUCUACCGGUCUUCAGACAUCCACUCCAGUUCUUAUUCCCGCGUCUCUUCAACUCCUCACAACCAACCACCAAUCCAUAUAGUAAACACGCGACGCGUCAUACGCCCCUUCCGAGUGGGUCUGAAAGAAACCUCACCCACGAUGAUUUAUGGCAGGAUGAUGGCAUGGAAAUGGUGAACUCAGAGACUUACAAGGCAGAUGUUGGUGGUAGAAUCAUGACAACGACUCGCAUAAACGUCUCAUAUCAACAGGACCAAUAG